ACUCACUAAGGCAUUUUAUUCCCGCACUGUAGAUUUUCCUCUCCUGUGGACUUAACCGAGCCAACAAUUUAAAAUUAUAUAUUUUAACUACUUUUAUAUUUAAACACUUUGAACAUUCCCAGCUGUCUAUUUAUCGGAUCCUGUCAUAUUCUCAUUAAGUAGUGUAGGUGACUUUUUGCCUCUAUUCCGGUUGGAUAUACUAAGGGCGUGUUUGGGCGAUCUGUACCGGGAGUUCAUCUCCUGUACUCGGGGAGGACUCUGAGGAAUGACAGCGACUGGAACGGGACUGUGAUCCGCUUGAAUGGAAACAAUGGAUUUUAAGGAGCUUGGACAUAAUUUCGAGGAGAAGCUGACACUAACAGACAAAACUCUGCCCCUACAAACGGACUCUCUGUCCAUCCACAAUGGGGACAAAACUCCAGGAAAGGACUUCCUGACUUCAGAUGACUCGGCUGUCACAGACCUCUCCCCUAAAACAGACUCCAGCCCCAAAACAGAGUCACCCACCGAGACAGAAGCCUCCUCCAAGACAGAAGGCAGGCCCUCCACUCCAGGGAGCAGCAGCAGCCCCCAGCCCAAGAAAGAUGCGAUGAACUCAGAGCAACGACAGAAACAAGCCAAGGAGCGGAGAGAGGAAAGAGCCAGAUACAUCGCCGUGAAGAAGGCCCAGUGGCUGGAGAAGGAGGAGAAGGCCAGACGUCUGAGGGAGAGCCAGCUGGAGGAUCGCAGGAGGAAGCUGGAGGAACAGAGGCUGAAGAUGGAGAAACGCAGAGCUCUGCUGGAGGAGAAACAGAGACAGAAACUAGAGAAGAACAAGGAGAGAUAUGAAGCAGCUAUCAAGCGGUCGACAAAGAAGACGUGGGCAGAGAUCCGCCAGCAGAGGUGGUCCUGGGCGGGCGGACUCAACCAGACCUCCCGCAGAGAAAGCAGAUGCUCGGCCUCCACGGUCAACUUGCCGAGACAGGUGGACCCUGUCAUUAACAACAGGCUGUCCAAGUCCUCUGCCACGCUCUGGAACUCCCCCAACAGAACCCGCAGCCUGCGUCUGAGCCCUUGGGAGAGCCGCAUCGUGGAGCGGCUCAUGACGCCGACGCUGUCCUUCCUGGCCCGCAGUCGCAGCGCCGCCACGCUCCUCAACAACAGUGACUCCCCCUCUGCCAGCCCCUUCAACACCUGCUCCCCCCACCCGCACCAGAACGCCGAGCGCUGGAGGGUGUCCUCCGCCAGCACGCCGGACAUCACGCAGAGACAGCGCCGGAGAAACUCCACACCGGUGGACAAGAAGAAGAAAGAGAAGAAAGACAAGGAGAGGGAGAAUGAGAAAGAGAAGAGCAAUCUCUCAAAAGACAAAGUGCCGAAGAGGCGACAGACGGCAUCACCCACCACCACGACCCAGAGGUCCAGGCCAGAGGCUAGCACUCCAAAGCCCAGAAACAGACCUCCGUCACCUGCUCCCAAAAGUCGUCCCCUUUCCCCCCUUGUGCCCGCAGUGGCCUCCAAGACUCCGACGGGCAAAAAGACUCCUCCUCCUCCUGGCACCAAGACCCGACCCAAACGAGCUCAGACGCCCGCCAGGGUUCAGCCCCAGACGGUCACUGCAGUCCCGGUGGAAACGGGCCAAGAGCCGCAGCAGCCCGGAGCCCCAGAGGAGAAAAAGAGCUCUGGUAAUGUUCCUGCCAUCGUGGUCUCCUCUGCUCCUCCCACACCUCCAUCCCUCAGCACACCUGUUGUAUCAGUGGCCUCUCCAGCUGUGCCAAACACAGAGCCUGUUGCUUCUCCUGCUGCAGUCUCAGCCAGCACUCCUGCUCCCUCUGCUUCACCAGUGGCCACCUCUGCUGCAGCUGGUGCUUCCAGCCCAGCUCCAGCUCCUGCACCUGCCAGCAAACCCUCAGCGGGCACCAACAACCCCGAGGAGGCGGCCCGAGUGCUGGCGGAGAAACGCAGACAAGCCAGGGAGCAGAGAGAGAGGGAAGAGCAGGAGCGUCAGGAGCAGGAGCAAAGAAACAGGAUCCUGCGGGAGGAGGCGAUGGCCCGAGAGGUGGAGGAGAGGAAGCGCAGAGAGGAGGAGGCUCGAUUCAUGGCUGAGCAGCAGCGUCUGAGGGAUGAAGCCCAGCAAGCUCAGGAUGAGAAGGAGGCGCAGGAGAGAGCCAAAGCCGAGCAAGAGGAGAACGACAGGCUGCAGAAACAGAGGGAGGAGGCUGAAGCCAAAGCCCGCGAGGAGGCCGAGCGUCAGCGCCUGGAGAGAGAGAAACACUUCCAGAAAGAGGAGCAGGAGCGGCUGGAGAGGAAGAAGCGCCUCGAGGAGAUCAUGAAGAGGACUCGUAAAAGUGAUGCAGGAGAAAAGAAGGAAGUCAAAGCUUCUCCUCAGGUCAACGGCAAAGACACUGCGCCCAAUAAAGCUGUAAACCUGCAGAGUCCAGACACAGCUCUCCUCAGCCCACCUCAAAGCGUCACCGGUCCUGUCGUAAACGGCGUGCAGCCUGCCACGCACCAGAACGGCGUCUCAGCCAAUGGCGAGACAGCUGACUUCGAGGAGAUCAUCCAGCUGAACAAUGGAGGAAACCCAGCUCAGACGCAGAGUGGGCUGGUUGGCGAGCCAAUCCUGGCCUUCGAGGGCGGAGAGCCAUUCAGGAUGAAAACAGGCCCCAUGAAGCCUCAGCAUGUCGCAGAGGUCCUGUGAGUCCACACACAACCACGGAGAAGCGCCUUAUGUCUCUGCUUGAGCUACGAGAUUCAUGCCACACCACAGCGGCUUAUUAAAAAAACGUGUGCCAAAACAAACAAACAAACUGCGCUGACUUCACAUCCACGGUUUAUCUGCCGCAGAGGACGGACAGGAAGGAGCAAAAAACACAACAACAAACUCAUCUGAAACAUACAAAAAUGCAACAACAAGUAUUCUCCACCGCGUGUUCUGGUGCAGCAUUUGUUAUUGUCACAUACAGAUUUUACAGUGCACCUUAAAGAUGACUGACUGUGUAACAGAUUUUAAAAAGUACAGUAUAAGACCCUGGAAAUACAUAAUAUUUGACAAUGGUUGUUAUUAUUACCGUCGUUAAGAUAUUGUUGUUGUUAUCUUAAGUUGAACUGUGUGUGUGCGUGUGUGUUUGUUGUUUUUGUCUUGAAUUAUUGAGUUAUUUAACAUGGGGAGCAUUGUAAGGACGGGCCACAGACAGUGUAUGUAAAUGUAUAAAGAGCCCGGCUGCCUCGGCCUCCUGUUACAGGGGAUCUGUGAAAUAAAGCUUUAUGAAAGGGGCUUGGCUCUGCGUCCAUCUGUCUGUCUGUAUAAAUACAUGAUGAGGCAUUACAAACAUUAGGAAGCAACAGAUAUCCACUGCAGAGAGGGGCGGGGCUAGACUUUUUUGACUGUGGUGGCCCAAUAGGGAGCUAACUUAUAAACAUGUCAAUCAAUCUUUAUUUACAUAGCGCCAAAUCACAACAAACGAUAUCUCAAGACUCUUAUAUUAUUAACAAAGACUCAACAUCAAGACAGGAUAAGAUCCAGUCCCAUCUUACAAACAGGACUCAGUCUGAUCUCAUCUUAAUCCACCAUGGGCAGAGCACUUUGCAGCAUUUAGCAAGUUACAGUGGCAAGGACAAACUUCCUUUAACAGGAAGAAACCUUGAGCAGAACCAGACUCAUGUUAGACAGACAUCUGCUGAGACAGAGUUGGGGUUGGAAAGAGGGAUAGAGGCACUUGUUCACCCUUUCUGUCUCCAACGAUCAUACAGAAGCUAUAUUCCUGUGUAUAAGUAUUUUUUAAUCUUCAAAGCUUCAUUCUUUAAGGACUCAAAAAGGAGAAAUAUUUAUGUUUGAAGUCACAAUUUGAAGCAAAUGUGCUAUACUGAAGUACAAACAAAGCUACCAUACACUGUAAAAUCCACUGAUGUAGCCUCUUUGACAUCACCCAUUGGUUUCUGAAGAGAUGUUCUGAAGCCCAAUGAUGGCGGGCACUAUAUUGGAAAUGCUGACUCUUGCUGCAACUUUCAGUCAACUUAGAAACAGACAUGUUGAGGUGGGCUUUAGCCUCCUAGUUAAGCUCUCACCUGUAAUUCAACUCAUGCAAAUAUAUGUAUAACCCCUAGCUUUUAUAUAUCUUAAUGGAUUUGUAUGAAAAAGCCUCAUGAUACAGUGUACCAAUAAAGAAAUGAGCCAAACCAACAAGGUUCUCAAAA